CGCAGUGACAGUCGGUAGCAGGUUGUGUGGAUGACAGCAGCUAGCAUCACACUUCGCCACUGAAGCGGCUAACGCUAGCGAAGUGUACGAGGAAUAGCAGAUGAAAUUGCUGUUAAACAGCCGAGAAAACCGCUGACUGAAAGGAUACAACGCUAUUUAUAAGUACGGCGAGGAUGUCUGUCCCGGCAGGAGAGGGAUGAAGAUGACACCAUUGUUAUGGCGAGUUGUGUCAGUGUGGCUAUGUGUAGCUGUAGUCUCCUGGUUCCCUAGUUGCUAUGUUGGUUGCACGGAGUCGCACCCAGAGGCCCAGAGGCCCGUGUCCUCACAGGACGUCAGUUCGGAGGAAGAGUCAGGGGAAAAGACUCCUCAUCACAAGGUUGAAGAGAGCUGGGAUUUACCUGCCAAGCCCUUGUCUGAAAACGAGCUGUUGCUAGAGGAUAAUCAGCAAAAGGAGGAGCAGACAACACAGGGCGUGAAUAAAAAAGAAGAAUAUUCAGAGGCCUUUGAAGUGGAGGAGUCCACUGUAGAGGCAGAAAUUGAGGCAGACCGGGACAUUUCACAGUCUGAGCCUGAAAUUGAGCCUAGCUCCGAAAAUCAACAUCAUGAAACUACUGGCAUUCAAGACCAGGAUUCAGCUGCCCUGCUCCCAUCCUCUAACCCCGUCUCUGAUUUUGCUGCUGAGCUUAAAGACAGUCCUAGCAUCCUCAAUCUUCAAGACAAUAUCCCAAAUAGUGUUUUAGAUGAUGCAUCUGAUGUAGCUGCACCUGAGAUCCUUGAAUCUGACCUUCCUCCUGCUGACUGUGAAGAAGAAAAUAACCCAUUUGACAGUGAUAGCAGUCCUCCAGUGGUUCUGGAGAACAUUUCCAAUGCUCACACUGCAGGUACUAAAACCCACACUGACCCUCCUCUGACCUCUCCAGCCGCUCACAGCACACAGCACCUGGAGGCCAACACAUCACAAUCUCUGAAAGAGCAGGAUCUGAGCUCCCCUGUUACCACAGACACAGAUUCCAGCGUGAGCAGCAAAGACCCCGAGGACAUCCCCACUUUUGAUGAGUGGAAGCGGAAGAUGAUGGAAGUGGAGAAAGAGAAGACUCUGUCUACUCAUACCUCUAAUAAUGGGGGUUCUCAUCCAGUGAAGAAGGUCCAGAAGAACUUCAAUAACUACGCCUCAGUGGAAUGUGGAGCCAAGAUCCUUGGCGCUAACCCAGAGGCUAAGAGCACUUCAGCCAUAUUGAAGGAGAACAUGGACUUGUACAUGCUAAACCCCUGCAGUAAUAAAAUCUGGUUCAUCAUUGAGCUCUGUGAGCCCAUCCAGGUGAAGCAGCUGGACAUUGCUAACUUUGAACUCUUUUCCUCGACUCCCAAAGACUUUCUGGUGUCCAUUAGUGAUAGAUACCCAACAAAUAAGUGGUUAAAGCUGGGAACCUUUCACGCCAGGGAUGAACGCACAGUCCAGAGCUUCCCAUUAGAUGAGCAUCUUUAUGCUAAAUAUGUGAAGAUGUUCACCAAGUACAUAAAGGUAGAGCUGGUCUCUCACUUUGGCUCUGAACACUUCUGUCCCCUCAGUCUCAUAAGGGUGUUUGGCACAAGCAUGGUGGAAGAGUACGAGGAGAUAGCUGAUCCCUCAGAAAGACCGGAUGAUCAGGAUGAUGACGUGGAUUAUCCUCCUGGAUAUGCAGCCGGUGAAGUCAAGUUAUCCAAGAAUCUGAUUGGAUCAGCCAAGGAUGUCAUUUUGAACAUGGUCAGUAACAUUGCUGUCAAUGUUCUUGGUGGAGGCCCGGAAGGUGAAGGCAAUAUUUCAUCCCAUGAAGUGAACAUGACUGAGCCGUCAGCGCAGCUUGAAACCACCACCCAAACUGCCACUACAGAUCUUUCUUCAGUUUCCGGUUCUGAAGAGGUAGAAAUCUCACCAGAUCCUGAUAUCCCUACAACUGCAGCCCCUUCUGCAGAGACCCCUGUGUCAGAGACACCUGAUACUGAGUCGAGAAAACAAGAGCUCCCCCCAGUGGAGGAAAAAGUUGUUAUUCCUUUAGACAAAGAUGAGGAAGAACAUAUCAGCUCUUCAAUCACCCUUUUGGAUAAGGAGGAGAUGGUGGAUGAUGAGAAAGAGAAAAGGGAUCUUCAUGAGCGAAAUGACUGUGCACUACUUCCUUCAUUUUCUUCUUCUUGCUCUUGCACAGCUUCCUUCCAGGAAUAUCUCCAUCAGCAGUGUUCAGCCCUGCUGUCCAAAAAGAGGAAAUGCCAAACGAAAGACAGUAAGCAAAUGAUUCCUCCUAUCCAGACACCCACUUGGCAUCUACCCCUGUCCCCCUCCGCCUGCCCUGAACCUCAGCUGCACCACAGUGAGAUACAUCAGCUCUGUGAAAAAGAACAAGCUUCUGAGCAGGAGCCAGAGACUGGAGCCAGCCCAUCAGAAGCACCACAGCCUCCAGGGAACACAAUAGAAUCUCAUAAAGAGUCUAUGUCCCAGCCUCCUGUGCUGGAGCCUAGUCAAACCUCGAGCCUCCCCAAACCCAGUGCCACCGAUUCAUCUGCUGCCAAGCCUACUCCUAUUGUGGAGACACCACAGCAGUCUUCUGAGGAAACGGUGAAAGAGCUAAGGCCAGAAGAGAGCCUGGAUGUGCCGGCUGUAGAGAAGCAUACUGAGCCUGCAGCGUCUCUCAGUAGCUCCAUCUAUGUGAAACCCAGUGUCAGUGACACACUGGACGAUGUCUCAGUGGAAUCAACUGAAGAGAAGCCUAAUUUUGAUGUUUCUCAACUAGAAAUAAGUACCCCUGUCCAAAUCCCGGAUAAAACAGAUCAGUCUCAGGUUCUCCUUCCUACCACCUCCCUUCAUUUAGACCAUCACCCUGACCCACCAACUGUACCUGAAAGUAACACUGCUCCCACUGAGUUGUUCCACCCGGCUCCAGACCCUGUCACAGAACUUGAGCCCUCUGGUGGCUCCCCAGUCCCGGAGGAUCUCCCAGAAGACAUCUCUACAUCAUCAGGUGGCAACGGUCAGCUGCCUCGCCCCUCUUCUCCGGCACCUUCCUCCUCUCUUCCCUCACCAUCCCUCUCAGACAUCUAUGCAGAGACCCCCAAUGGCACAGAGCAGAAUGGCAACCUGGUGCACGGCUCCAGCCAGAAGGAGUCUGUGUUCAUGAGACUCAACAACCGCAUCAAGGCCCUGGAGAUGAACAUGUCACUCAGCGGACGCUACCUGGAGCAGCUCAGUCAGAGGUAUCGAAAGCAGAUGGAGGAGAUGCAGAAAGCUUUCAACAAAACCAUUAUUAAACUCCAGAACACCUCAAGAAUAGCAGAGGAGCAGGACCUGCGUCAGACUGAGUCCAUUCAGUUGCUGCAGGGUCAGCUGGAGAAUGUGACUCAGCUGGUUCUCAACCUGUCUGUCAGAGUCAGCCAGCUGCAGAGUGAGGUGUCAGACAGGCAGAAUUACCUGCUGCUGUCUCUGGCCUUGUGUCUGUGUCUUGGCCUGUUGCUGUGUGCCAACCGCUGCCGCAUCUCCACUAUUCCUCCCGCCACAGAACCAGAGUCACCCAUACCCAAGAGCUACAGUUACUGCUGUCCUGAAAGGCAGUUCUCUUCCUGUGAUGAGACGGGCUUGAAGCGGAGUGCAUCCUAUCCACUGAUACACUCUGAGUCAUUCCAGUUAGCCACCACUGAAGGCCCAGAAAUGCUGCACCCAGAGGAGACACACAGUCUUUGUCCAGCUAACAGAAAGAGGAGACGUCGUAAGAUGAAAUCCAUAGAGAAAGUGGAGACUCUGAAACCCUCCUUUCAUGCUGCUCCGGGACUGAGUAAUGGAGCUGUUAUAUGUAACGGUGUGCCUGUCACCACAAACCCUACACCCCUUACAAAAAGGUUACUUCAACCUACCUUUAGAGACUCACCAUCAGAGGGCAGCUCAGAGGGAUCCUCACAUUCAGAUGACCCCUCGUUCUGUGGCAUCACCACAGCCUGCUCUCGAAUCUGUGACAGCCUCCCUCCACCCAAGACCCGGGCGGAGAAACGGGCAUUGAGACGCCAGCGUCCCAAGCCCAGCUGUGGGAUGGUGGACUUGCUUCAAGCCCCAAAGAGGGACAAGAGCGAAGCGUUGCCCAUCUCGACUAUAGAGGACAUCAUGAAAAGCAAAACAGAGAAAAGCUCUGGGACAUUUAGGGUAAAUGUUGCCCUCUCAGGUCCUGUCUGACAGAAAAAAAGUGACUAAUUUAGAAAGGCUCUACUUCUUCUCAUUCACUGCGAAACUCUUUCCGAAAGAGGAUGGAUGUUAGUUUCUGUAGCCACAGGCAGCUUUGAGCUCUAAAAUGAGACUCCACUCUCACUGUUUAGUUUUCUGUUCAUGUUCUCUGUUCUGGUCUUGUCAUAUCUUUUAUAUUUGUUACACUUCAAGUCAAAGAAAUGUGUUCCCAGCUUACAAUUAAAGCUUUUCUCUUUUGUUUGGAAAUGACUGUCACAAUUAACUAAAAUUCAACAAAAAGGACUGAACAGAUGUUUAUUUUCUAUAAUCUAUGCACAUUUGAACACACAUUCAACAUUUCUUUUGUCAUGAAAUUUCUGCCUAUAAAACAUCUGUCUCACUUUUCUAUCUUUUAUUUCAUAGUAAAUCUAAGAAAACCUUCUACCAGGAAGUCGCCUCAGACUUUCAAGGACAAGCAGAGGGCUUUUACUUUUUUUCUGUUUCACUUUCAGAGUAAAAGCAAAGAAAUUGUUUCAGAAAACUAUUGGGGGUGCAGCACAGAGGAAGUACUUGGAAGAAUACGUACUCUACAAAAGUAUUAGCAGAUUUCUAUAUUGAAAGUGGACAUAUACAGCUAUUCAACAGACAUGCUCAUGGCCAUAGUCUAUGUUUGUAAUGGCUCUGUUGGUUAUUGAUUCAGUGAAGCAGAAAGAAAAGAAAAAGCUACUUACUCAUAACAUGGACAGACUUCAAGGAAAAUGUGUUUUUUUUUUUUGUUUUUUUUUAUUGAUGGCGUACACAGAAACUAGUGCCUGAAUAUACUUAGAUGCAGACGCCACUCAACCUUGAAAGAGCACAAGAUACAGCGGUUUUGAAGAUUUCAUUGAUGAGUUCAAUCUUCCAUUAUUUGGUCGUGUAAUUAAAGAUUUUAUCCAGCAGUUUGGGAUGUUAGUCAAGGAUGGAACAAUUCUGCUCCAACCCUGAGCCUUUGACGUGCCUCAGGUUUGAAAUGCCAUGUUUCCCCCUCAAGCUGCUGCAUUUUUCAUUCAUCUGAAAUAUGAUUGGUUGGAUUGAGUGAAUUGUAGACUUACUUUUCAACAGUUUCAUUCAUAUUACAAGUGAUGCUGCAAGUGCUAUCAAGGGAAAAUUAAAAUUAAGGAUCCGGGUGGAUUUGAGCGCAGACCCUCUGAGAGCUGCGAGCAUCCACUUCACUGAAGUACCUUGAGUGGGUCAAUGAGCCCCUCCUCCCCAGGCCGGCCUCAGGAGUGUUGUUCUGUAACUGACCCUGAGCCCUGAGCAGGGUGGAGGAGAAUAACAUUCCCCGCCCCGGUUUUAUUGAAAGGUAAUGGUAACAGCUUAUGAAUGUUGCUGACUAGUGUUAUUCAGAUGAUGUUGUGUAAUAUUUUCUACUUGUAUUGUCUGUAGUUGAGAACCAGCUGCAGUGGGUUUAAUUUACAGAAACACGAGGACGGUAGUUUAUUACAAUCAGUGUGAUGUUGCAUAAAAAUUGGACACACAGCUAUACGGCUAAAAUUCAUUAUUAGAUAACAGAAUCUGAUGGGUUAAAGAAUAUGGUGUAACGUCUUUUAAGUGGCACUGACAUUCACGUACUUUCCUCUGAUUGGCUGAGUGAUUUUUUGCACUGAUUUUUGGGCAAAAGGUUCAUUUCUCUCAACCUUUAAAAAGGUUAAAAUGUGUCACAGUCGCAGCUGUACAAAAUUGAAAUGAACACACACACACACACACACAUGCAGGUAGACAUUUAAAUAUUCAUGAGAGUAAUUUUGGGUAAAAAUACCAAACAAAAAAACAGGAGUUUCACCCAGGUUUGCAGGUAGCAGAAAGGUAAACUAUAGUAACCUCCCUUAUGUAAGUGUUUUGUUGCGUUGUGCAGCAGGGGGCAGUGUAAUCUUUGAAGAAACCUACAAUGAUUUUUGAUCUACCAUCACCAUCAGUUUCCAUGUGAUGAGUCAUUACUCACAAUGUCAGUAAACUACUUCAAGGGCUAACACUGCUUUCCACCAUGCCAGUUUAUUUGCCUUUGUCUCGGCUUGUGCCGCUACAGAGCCACUGAAACUGCUGUCCUUAUGAUCCGGCUUGUGUUCUCAUAUAAAAUGUAGUUGUUAGACUGAAACAAAGAAUAUUCCAGUUAAAUGUUCUGGCUGUUUUGUAGUGAACAUUUGAAGUGUUUUUAAUGGAAAAAAGAACUGACUAAAACUGUGUUUGAAGACGGGAUCUUUUGAUGUGCAGCCUCAGCCACAAGCAUUUAUCGUUUGGCUCCAGCUGUGUUUUUCAAGUCGAAAAACUGGAUUAAUUCUAUUUACUUUUACACACACUGUCUCUUGCUGUGGUCAGACACGGUCAGAGCGGUGGUGGAUGUGAGAAAUUAGGUUAAAACCUCUUUAUUCAUCUGACCCGGUUGGGUAGCAGGAGCCUUUCAGAGAUAAGCGUGCCUGAUGCUCUUUUUUUCCUUCAUUUUGUUAACAGAAUUCCUAGGUUUCUCUUGCCAUGCCUCGUCCCAAAGAUUAUCUGUAAAUGCAGGGCUGCAAUCCUCUUUUCCCAGGCACUCUCUUUUUAUCCGUGGUCUGUUAUGGACUGAAUAUUCUCAGUAUGCUGCUGUAUGUAUGUUUUUAUUUUGGUAUACAGGUGUCUGCUUUAUAUUUACUGUUAGCUUGUUCACUCUCCCGACUGACUCCUUCUGAAGCCGAAAGAAAUGAUUCCAGUCUCUUGGCAGAUGUCUCUCUAACACUAUAAAUACUUCAUCUGCUGAA